AUGGCAGCUGCUGCACAACAUACAUCUAAAUUCACCCGUUUCAUGAAUUCCGAAACCGGGCCCAAAACCGUACACUUCUGGGCUCCGGUUUUCAAAUGGGCUUUAGUUGUUGCCGGUUUCAACGAUUUACAAAGACCAGUUGAAAAGCUCAGUGGUACCCAACAAGUUGCUUUGUUUGCCACUGGUGCUAUAUGGACCAGAUGGGCUGGUUUUGUCAUCAAGCCUCGUAACGCUUUGUUGGCUAGUGUUAACUUCUUCUUGGGUGGUGUUGCUGGUUACCAAAUCAUCAGAAUUGUCAACUAUAGAAGAGACUUGGGUGACUCCCCUGCUCAAGUGUUUGGUUACAUCCUCAAUGGUGAUCCUAAUGCUGCUCCGGCCGCUGAAGAAGCCAAAUAG